UCCUUCUCCAGUGCUCCUCUCCUGCUGGGACCUGAAGAAGGGACAGAUUGAAAGGCUGGUCUCUGGGAUCCAGUCCUAGAAGGACCUCCACAGAUGACAUUUCCUCCUGAAGCCAGAGAACAGAAUCGCUUUGCCCAGCCCGAGAAAAUGGGGAGGAAAAAAAUCCAGAUCUCGCGCAUUCUGGACCAAAGGAAUAGACAGGUGACGUUCACCAAGCGCAAGUUCGGGCUGAUGAAGAAGGCGUACGAGCUGAGCGUGCUGUGCGACUGCGAGGUCGCGCUCAUCAUCUUCAACAGCGCCGACCGUCUCUUCCAGUACGCCAGCAGCGACAUGGACCGCGUGCUGCUGCGCUACACCGAGUGCGGGGAGCCGCACGAGAGCCGAACCAACGCGGACCUGCUGCAGGCACUGAAGCGGAGGGGCGUGGGGCUUGAGGGGCCCGAGCUCGAUCCGGGACAGGGGAUUGAAGGGUCGGGGGAGAAGCUGCUGCGGAGACUGGCAGGUGACAGAGGCGACCUGGCCUCGCCCCUGCCCCGGGUCUAUCCCGCAGUCCCCACAAUGGACCCAGUGUACUGGACCCCGCAUGGUCCCCCACGCUGUGACCCCAGCGUGCUCCGGGAGGCCCCAAUCUCUCACAGCCGCCUGUCUCCCUUCCGACCGGCGUUCCCUGGAUCUGGGAUCCCGGGCCUUGGACACCACAUCUUCUCCCCAAGCCACCUCGCUGCAGGCAGAACCCCGCCAUCCACGGACCCGGACCUCCCCGGAGAGAGACCAAGCACCCUGAAAAGCAUCCACCGUGCUGCCACCCCAGGACCUACGCUGGGUAGCCUCGCCCCACCGCUAUCCUGGCCUGGACUGGUCCAGGAUGGUGCCCUCACCCAUGUAGCUUCCCCUCAGACUACCACCGUCAGCAUCAAGUCUGAGCGCCUGUCUCCUUGUCCUGGCAUACCCAGCGACCUCCCCGAGGGCUUCCCACGCCCACUGCUGCUGCCCACCCCCCGCUGGCCCCGGCCUUAGGGGUUCAGACCCAGGACUGGCCCUUCUCAACCUUGAGCACCAGACCAAUUGGUCUUGGUAACCUUGUGGUCGUCCCCAUGACACUGGUGAAACCCUCGGCUGUGGGAGAGAACUACUGUCACUCAGUGCAGGGAAUUCAGAUAACAAGGGGUGCCCACUAUCCCCCACACUCACCCUCACAUAAGUGCCCUACGUGAAAACUAGAAGCCAGGUAUGAGUGAGAACUUGCCUGUUUGUCUGAAUCUUGGAUACCUCACUUGAUAUAUUUUCCAGUUUCAUAUAUUGCCCUGCAAAUUUCAUUUUUCUUUAUGGAUGAAUAAAAUUCCAUUGUGUAGCUGUACCAUA